AUGUCACCGACACAUAAUGGAGUGGGUGGAGCAACUGGGACUGUCUUUGGCUUUGUCUCUGUCCGUGACUCUGUCUCUGCUGUGGACGCGCUGAACAAGCUUGCCGGGGCGAGCAGCACGCGUGUGACGGUGGUGGGGAGUGCAGGAGCGGAAGGACGACCUGUGCCAGAGCUUGUGACCAGCGAGAGCAGACUGCAUGGGGUGCUUCUGCCGCUUCUUGGCGCGUGUGUGCGGAUUGCCGAGCUUGAGGCCGAGUAUGUGUCGUUCCGCGGGCUGAUGGCCAAGCGGCGACCGCUGACGGUGCGGUUGAAGGAGGUGCGGAGCGAGGUUGCGGGCGUGGGCGAGGCGCUGGCGGUGUGGAGGGCGGAGCGGAGGCGAGAGGACGCCGAGGUGAGCGAGGCGCGCGAGGUUGUUUCCCUGGCCGAGUUGAUUGCGAGCAUGGUGGAGCUCCUGGAGAUCCGGGCGGAGCUCGCCGGGUACUACCGGUAUUUGGGCGAGUCGCAGGGCGGGUUUGACGGGGCGACGUGCGCGGCGCUGAUGGGCGAGCUGAGCCGAGUGCUACAAGUCCGAAUGACGAGCAAAGAGCUGGACCGGAUGCGGUAUCUGGUGGGUCUGGAAAUUGCGAGCCUUGCGGCGAUGGGCGAGGUGGCGGUGGCUGUGGGCGACGGGCAGUACUGCGCGGCAAUGUCGCGGCUGUAUGACGCGAAUGUGGCGCUCUCCGAUUGGACCGGGUUCGUGGCGUACGAAGGCUCGGCGCUUGCUGAAGAGGCCAGUCGGAUAAGCGAACAGCUUGGGCGUGGCCGAGGCCGAGGGCGUGAAGGCCGGACGAUGGUGGUGGUGGCUGCAGAGGCCCAGGAGGGCGGCAGCGGAAGUGAUAGCGGCAGCGGCAGCAGCAGUCUACUGACGACGGCGGCGGCCGGGGCUGAUCGGCAGGCUAAGGCACGUGCGCGUGCGCGUGCACGUGCAAAGGCAAAGGCAAAGGCAAAGGCAAAGGCCAAAGCCAAGGCCAAGGCCAAGGCCAAGGGAGGGCGAGGCAAGAGCCUCUUCUCGUGGCUGCGGAGCAGCGGCGGCGGAAGUGGCGGGGACGGGGCCGAGGCCAGCGAGCGUGGGCCGGAGGACUCGAGUGAGGCUGGGCGAAGCGGGAACGAGGGUGUACGGAGCGGAAGCGAGGACGCAGAGCAGGCACUGGUGCUGAAGCGUGUGUUCGGGCGCGGAGCGUCGGGCCUGUUCAAGUUUUGCUCGACGCUGCUCUCGCUGCUUGUGGCCAAGGCAACGCUGUACUUCUCCCGAGUGCUCAUGUGGCAAGAGGCGCGGAUGAGCAGCGGCGGAGGCUCGUCAUUAGAGCAGAUUCUGGACUACGACAGCGUGAUUCGGCGAUACCAGGCGCGGCUCGGGGCAGUGGCGAUCGGAGUGGUGUUUGAAGGCGACGGUCUCGAGGUCGGAUACGUGUGCGGCGGAAGCCGGAGCCGGAGUGGGAGCGAAAGCGGCGGGCUGACGACGGCGUACGGGGCGCCGAGUGUGGCGGCGUUCGAGAGAGUCAAGGGCUGCGUGGUGGAGGCUGUGACGAAGCAGGUGGGAUGGCUGUGGAACGAGGCGUUGUACAAGAGCGUGUUUGUGGUGCAAGUCGAGGCCUUCCUCAUCGCUAUCGCCGUUGGACCUGCUGUCCUUGCCACCUUCCUCGGCCGGAGCAAGCUGGUCCUUCGGCUCAUCACCGCUGCGAAAGUCGAGCAGGUGGACAACGUCCUCGAUGCUUCUGCCAGCGCGGGGCUGGUUGCGAUGGUCCGCUACGCGGUGGCUGUGGGUAACCUCACCCCUAUCCGUAUCGUAUUCAACUGCAACACCACUCUGUGA